AUGACAGACCAUCUCUACGGCCAAGGCCCCCGCGGGACCGAUCCCCCUCGCGCUGCCUUCCAUCUUCGCCAGCAGUCUCGACAGAGCAGCCAGAAGGGCGACCAGAAGGGCGACAAGCUCCUCCCCGCCAUCGAGGUCGACGGCAACCAGUCCCGAAGGCGUUUCCCCGAGAGCCUUCAUUUCAACCCGGGCAGCUUCCGCCUGCGCUCCCGCACCGAGUCGACCCGGAGCAGCAUAUCCUCGGCCCAUAUCCCCGACUCGGCCACCACGUACUCGGUUUCGACGCUUGCCAGCCCUCUGAGCUCGAGUUAUGCCAGUGACAUCCAGGAGCGCUUCGCCGCCUACUCCAUUGACGGGCCAAGCGCAUGCAGCCGGAUUCGCCAUCGACAUCAGCCCUCUAAUGCGACAACGUGCUCGACCUUCAUCAACGACGACAAUGAAGCGCCGCUCGAUUCGGCCUUGCCAGACUUCGCUUCCAAGAUCAGGGACCUGCUCGAUGACGGUCCCCAGCCCGACGAGAUGAGCGAAACGCCGCCUGUCAAUAGUCCAUCGCAGGAAUCCUUCAUCAAGAAGGAGGAGCCCCUGUCACCAGACGAGCCCUUGGAGUGGUCGUACAGCCAGCGCCAGCGCCAGCGCGACUCCGUCUUGACGGUGACCAGGUCUGACACGACCUCCGUGGCGUCAGAUGACAUCUCUCAGGACGAUGCCGAUACCGUCUUGGACUACACCCUUCAACUGGCCUACGGCAUCGAAUUGGAAGACACGCCAACGCCGACCGACGUGCUACGCCCAUUGGUCCACAAGUUUAUCAGUGAUCUUGGGCAGCACAUCUGGCAGGCGCCUUCGGAAGCCCACACCACACAGACUAUGUUGUCUUCCAGCUCGUCAACCCCUUUUCAGGGCGCCGGCGCCGGCGGCGACAGCUCUAAAUUUUAUGGCAAAAGGAAAGCGCAGGCGAGUGGUGACGACGGCGGCGAUGAGUUUAGCGAUGGCGAGGGCUCGGGAUUCGGUUCUGCUAAGCGGGCAAAGCCAAGCCCACGAGAAGAAGAUACCCUUCGUCUGAGCUGCCCCUUUCGAAAGCGGAAUCCCCAUCGCUUCAACGUCCGUGACCACCACAGCUGUGCCAUGACCUACUUUCCCAAGUUUGCCGAACUGAGACAGCACAUUGUGAAGCAGCACAAGCGAGACGACCCCUCGGCCUUUAUCUGCGACAGAUGCACGCGCGACUUUCGCACGCGAAAAGAGCUUCGAGAUCACCAGCGGCAGCCUAAGGAGCACAUGUGCGAUAUCUCUGACCACGACCCUGAGGCGGGCAUCGACGGCCCAACCGCCGUCAAGCUCGUCAGCCGCAAGCGGGCCAGCGGCACGUCGGCCGACGUUCAAUGGAGGGAGAUUUGGAAUAUUCUCUUCCCGGAUGACGAGGACCAGAUGAUCCAACCAUACUGCUAUACUCCCGUCAUCGAGCAUUUUGAACUCUCUGCACAGUAUCUCGCUGCCUUUGAGUUCCUCCAGUCGUCGCUUCGCAGCAAAAUGUCCAACCCUACGACCCUGGAGACGUUGGCAACCAAGUUCCACCAGUGCUUCAUCGAGACCAUCGAGAGUUGCGCAACCGUCGCCCGCACCAUGCCGUAUACCAACCGCAGCAACAAGAAGAACGAGCCGGCCCGGGUGCGGAGCACUCAUGGCCCAAACCCACGGAAACCGAGGGUGAUGGCGUCCAGGCCGGACUCUGGCGUCGUGCUGGACGACGGCUCCGAGGAGAGCGGCAGCGUAUUGGGCUUAUCCGCGCUUGGCCACAGGGACAGCGUCAGGACGGUCAAGGGUCUCGCCCCGAGGCCGGGGAGUUAUCUUGCUUCUUGUUCCGCGGGACCUGGAGCGGCCAUGCCUGCUCCAGCUGCGCCGCCCAUGAUCGACGGGCCCCUUGUCGGACCGUUCUCGUCUCUUCCGCUCAGCGUCACCACAGGCGGAGUCGACUCGGGAGCCGCCGUUCGGGCAUGGAACAACAGUGUCACCUACGAUCAGGAGCAUGUUGGACUCAGUAUGCCGCCGGACCAGUGGAUUUCAGCAGGAGGCUUGACGCCGCAUGCCGAGUUUGCAGCCAUGGAUGAAUCGUUGCUCUAUCAGACCGAUUUCAGCAUCAUGGGCGAUAGCUUCCCAAGUUUUCAUGAUCGAUAG